AUGUUUUCAAUACGGCGCCGAUUACGUGUUAUCUCGAGCUUGGCAGUUUCUGAUACUUAUCUAUCUAUCUAUCUAUCUAAGCCAUUUUAUCUAUCUAUCUAUCUAUCUAUCUAUCUAAGCCAUUUUAUCUAUCUAUCUAUCUAUCUAUCUAUCUAUCUAUCUAUCUAUCUAUCUAUCUAUCUAUCUAUCUAUCUAAGCCAUUUUAUCUAUCUAUCUAUCUAUCUAAGCUAUAAAAAGAAUACCCGCUCGGCCCGCCUCUCUGACUACCUAUCUAUCUAUCUAGACCUAUCUUCUAUCUAUCUAAGCUAUUUUAUCUAUCAAUCUAUCUAUCGAAGCAAUUCUAUCUACCAAUCUAUCUAUCUAAGCCAUUCUAUUCAUUUAUCUAUCGAAGCAAUUCUAUCUAUCUAUCUAUCUAUCUAUCUAUCAAAUGAAGCCUUCUAUCUCUUUAUCUAUGGAAGCCUUACUAUUUAUCUAUCUCUAAGCCUUUCUACUUAUCUAUCGAACACAGCCUCUUUGACUAUCUAUCUAUCUAUCUCGGCCUAUCUAAUAUCUAUCUAUGAGAUAAAUUUUCAUCGGCGGGAUCCAAAAACGGACCCGAAGAGAUACUUUUAG